CAUCGCGCUCAUAACGCUCCCAAAUUCCAACAGCUCCAGUCGUUCCAACUGAGCUCCACUCGAAGUAUCCAAAAAUACAUAAAUCGCCGGGAAAAAAUAUAAAACCCAAUGGUUCAAAAAACUAGUGCAAUUAUAAUGUUUUGAAGUUAACUUGUAUAAAAGCUUAUUCUCGGUCGCUGAUGUGUUUAUUUUUUACUUUCUCAUUACGAUAUUUAAAUAAAAGAAAAGUGUAAAAGCUCGCGCUGAGAAUGUUGUUAACUUAAAAAUACGAGACAGACAAACACAAAAUUCGAUGUGGAAUAUUCCUUGACAAAAUUUUCGAAAACGGUACAAAAAAAAACAAAUAAUAUCCCAUAACAAGUGUAAAUUUAAUCAAAAUUGUAUAGUGUUAUGCAGAGUGUGGUGUGGGUGUUCCUAGCUGGUGCUGCUGUUGCUACUUUGCUUCUCUUUUCUCCCGAUUCGUCAAUAUCCAUCCAACAAUAAUAACUUAGUCGCCAAACAGUCGUCAUCGUCGUUUGCUCCCUGCUCCCGUGUUUCCGUUGCCUGGUAGUCUGCCAUGAUGUUGGACGAUGACAACUCGGAUCUGUUGGUCUGUGCAUCUGAGAUGCAGGAAGACCGUUUAUAUUUUGUGGCCUUCAAGAAGAACAUCAAGCCAAAGAACACGAUAAAUACGCACUACUUUAGCAUCGAUGAGGAGUUUAUCUACGAGAAUUUCUACAACGAUUUUGGGCCCUUGAACAUCUGCAUGCUGUACAGAUACUGCAUGAAACUGAACACUAAGCUGAACGCCAAGUGCCAUGCCAACAAAAAGAUAGUUCACUACACCUCUAUGAAUCCGGCCAAGCGACUAAAUGCGGCCUACCUGAUUGGUUCGUAUGCAAUCAUCUACCUAAACAAAACGCCCCAGGAGGCAUAUCGGCCGCUGGUCGCUGGCGAGAUUCCCCAAUACACGCGAUUCUGUGACGCCAGCUACGGACCCAGCAAUUUCAAGAUUUCACUGCUGGAUUGCCUGAAUGCUGUGCACAAGGGUUUGCAGGCGGGAUUCUUCAAUUUCAACGACUUCGAUGCCGAGGAAUACGAGCAUUUCGAGCGCGUGGAGAAUGGUGAUUUCAACUGGAUUGUGCCGCAGAAGUUUAUAGCGUUUUGCGGACCUCAUCAGAAGAGCAAGACAUUGCCGAAUGGUUACCCGUGCCAUGCACCCGAACGCUACUUUAGCUAUUUUCGGGAAAACAAUGUCACGACCGUGAUUCGGUUGAAUGCCAAAGUCUAUCAUGCUUCCUCCUUUGAGAACGCUGGCUUCGAUCACAAGGAUCUGUUUUUCAUCGAUGGCAGUACGCCAAGUGAUGCCAUAUUGAAGAAGUUCCUCUCCAUCUGCGAAACGACCAAGGGAGCAAUUGCGGUGCAUUGCAAAGCGGGCUUGGGACGCACGGGCAGCCUGAUAGGAGCGUACAUAAUGAAGCACUACGGGUUCACUGCCCUCGAGUCGAUUGCCUGGUUGAGGCUCUGCCGACCGGGAUCGGUUAUAGGCCAUCAACAGCAGUGGAUGGAGGACAAACAAAGCUGGCUGUGGUCGGAGGGCGAACGAAUGCGCCGACGCACUACACUCCCUAUUCUUCGGCACACGUAUGGGAUCAACAGCCUGGAGCUGAAAACAAAACUGGGCUCAGUUGCCUCCGAUUCGGCGGAGCAUGUGGAUCUGCUACUGACCCGCGUGAAAGGCAUUUCCCAACGCGUAGAUACGAUGCACUUGCACGACCAGGACAACUUGGAUGCUGCUUGUGUGGAUCCAACGGAUGAGGAGAUCUCCGAGCAGCAGCGUUUGGAGCGGGACGAGCGAGCCUUGUACCAAUCCACAGAGGAUCCCAAUUGCAAUGGAAGCGAUGACAACGAUACGGACACAAUCAGUGCACCAGCGGAGCAGCCGCUGUCCUCCGGCUAUACAAUAUCCACACGUCGCAGGAAAUCGCCAUCGGGCGCAAAUAAGCCCACAGUUAUAGCCACAUCGCUGAGGCGUCUGGUUAAUCCCAAUGCCAAUCGAAGUGGAUUGAGUACUGCUACUGGAGUUUAUCCCGCCGCCGAGGUGGCCAGCUGCACGGAGAAGAAGUUGCGCAAGCCAAGUGUAAACGUCUUCGAGGCAGCUCGUCACACCAUCGCCUCCACCGUCAGGAUGACGCAAACGGCGCUCGAGAAGAAGCAGGCGCAGACGCAAGGCGACAAGUUGAACCAGAUUAAGGCGCUGAGGAGACACCACUCGCGAUCAGUCAACGUGAAUAGCAACAGCGAGCAGGAAUCGAAUGUGAGGCAUACGAGAGCUCGAUCCCAGCCCUUCCGGAAUAAUAACAACGGAGUGGUGGGGAAUCCAGCGAUGGCAACUAUGAGGGCGGGACAGCCCACUUCCUCCUGUUUGCCAACAAGCACAGCGGCAGAAGCACUUUUGGCCAAUAAUCUCAACAACAACAACAAUGGCAGCAGUAUCGGGACUGGCAGCAAUAACAACAACAACAACAAUAAUCUAAGCAAUUCACUGAAUAACUUUAACAACAACAACAAUACCACUAACAAUAUUUUGGCCAGUUCAGGGAGCAGUCGCACCCGAAGUCUGGCGAUAUAUAGCAAAAGAAUGGAACUGAAGCACUUGCGAAAGGCGGAACAGCAGCAUCAGCAGCAGGUGCAGGUGCAUCCGGAGCCACCGAUGCUGCCGGUGGAAAAGCAGCUUCUUCGGCCAUAUGCCACCAUUAACGAGAGUAAGAUACCCGUGGUGUCCGUUGGCAAUGGUGGUGGUGGUGGUGGUGCCGGCAGCUCGGCUACCAUUCCACCCACUAGGGGCAGUGCCGCGCGCACCUCCCAUCACCACAUGACGCUCCGGGGAAGAUCCCGGAUCCGUUACCAGCGACCCAAUGCCGGGGAACCGGCUCCGGCAGCGGCCCAAACCCAACCGUGCACGGUGGCCACGGCUCGUUACUAUCGGGACGUAUCGGCCAUACCCACAAUGGGUGUUUUGGGUGGUGGUGGUGGUGCUGCUGCCGGUGGGUCGUCCUCUUCUUCUGCUGCCUCCUUUAACAUUGCCACACGCUCCGCAUCCGCCACGCUCGAUCUCAACUCCAAUCCGUUGCCGAAAACCAAGUUAACCAGCCUCAACAAUAAUCCAACAAUUACCACACCUCCUUCCUCCUCCAAUCCUGCAGACACAAGCCGUCUUAGUGGGCGUGGCAGUGCCGAAUUGCAGGCGAUCAUCGAGCACGGCCUCGUAGCGGCGGCAGCGGCGACCGGAUCGGCCAAGCGGAACAAACGAUCGCUGAGCUCCACGCGACUGGACAAGGACAAGAGCGACGAGUACAAUACGAAGCUGUUGAGGAAGACAGCGGCCGCCGCGGCAGCAGCGGCGUCCACAGCGGCGGCCUCAUCGGGAGCAAGUGCAGCAACGGCAGCCACCAGCGGUUCCAUCCAUCCAACGCACUCUCACUCCUCCGCCAGCAGCAACAUGAACAACAAUUGCAAGUACAACAGCUGCAGCAGCAGCAACAGCGGCAGCUUCAAGCUCUCCCGUCGCCUUUUCGGGGAAUCGGGAUCCUCGGCCUCGACAUCCGCCUCGAAUUCGGGGAUUCCCACGCCCACGGCACCGCCAUCCUCCAGUCAAUGGCAUCAGCAUCAGCACCUGGCUCGCGGCGUCAGUCGAGUGUCCAGCGAAAGGGAUCGGGAUCGGGAGCGACAGCAGCCUCUGGAUCACCAGCAAUCCAAUCUCAAACUGCGGAAGAAGAUCAGCUACUGAGCACAGUUAGCCCUGCUUUUGUAGAUAUUUUUUGGACUAGUAAAUUGAUCGUUGCUCAUCAAGACAACCACGAUUUCUUACGGGAGUGGCAAAUGCAAUGCUUUUGUUAACUAUUUCAAUGCAAUCAAAUUUGAUGAUUGAUUAGAACAAAUUUAAUUUAGUUUUAAGCAUUAUCUCUUUUAUAUUCUUACAUUUUUGUAGGUAAAAUUUUUGAAAUUGUUAUACUAUCAAAAUUGUUGAAUUAAAUUGGCAUUUUUCAAGUACGUAGGGUGUAUGUAAUUCAAAGGUCGAUUUAGGCUAUUUUACAAAAGUGGCAUAUACACUAGACAUAUAUAUAUAUAAUUUGGAAUAAUAUAUUACGUUUCAAUAAUAAACAAAUUGUUAAAUUAUAAGAUACAAAUUUUGCUUUAAUUUGCAUAUAAUUUGAUUUGUUCUUUGACCAUUUAAAAUGAUUCUGCGGAAUUUAUAAAGUGGUCACACAUUGUAUUUAUUUAACAUAAUAAUAAUUUAACAAAAAGAAAAUAGUUACUUUUAGUACCAUUAAUACUACAGCUUUUAUUCCUAUUAAAAUGUGAAUUUUGUUUACAUUUAUUUGAUAUAUCUUGAUGUACAUUAAAAAAACAUUUUCCAACUA